CUUUUGUUUUGAAAAAAAAACUUUUUAGUUCAACUUUUUAAGAUUACAAGUUUAAAAAUCUUUUUUAUUUUCUAAACUCGUGUCAAGUCAAAACAAACCAUAGUACAUAUUCUACUCCUAACUUGGCUAUUAAAAAAAACAGUCAGUUGGAUAAGAAAUAUGUCGAUAACAGAGCUAUGUUACUAUUUGUUUUUACUUAUUGUUGUAGCAAAUCAUGCAGCAGCAGCUGGUUCAUCAGUGAAGUUUCUUCCAGGAUUUGAAGGGCCCCUUCCUUUUGAACUUGAAACUGGGUAUGUUGGAGUUGGUGAUUCUGAAGAUAUACAACUAUUUUACUAUUUUAUUAAGUCGGAGUCAAAUCCAGAAUCAGACCCUCUUAUAGUUUGGUUCGUUGGAGGCCCUGGUUGCUCUUCUUUAUCUGCCAUUACCUAUGAGUUUGGUAUGUCGUACGUUUAGGUUCUAUGAUUAACGUUGUAAUAAUCUUUUAGAAAAGAUAAAGGUAUAUGAUAAAUGUUUAUCGGUAACCUAGUAAAAAUUGUAAAAAUUUGGGAGAGGUGAUUAGACAAGACAUGACGUAGUUGUCAUUUACAAAGGACAUGAUCUUA